UCUUCCUGACGCGCGCCCCGCCCUCCCCAGCUGUGCACCCUCGGUCCAGCUGUGCGCGCAGGUCGGGAAUCCAGCCAUGUCCGCGGAGAAAGAGGUAGCGGAGCUGGCCACUUCGGUGGCGGCGGCCGAGGCAGGGGCCGGGGAAGACGCCCCUUCGCAGCCCCCAAAAGCCGAGGCAGCAAGCGACCUCCAGCCGCCCAAGGCCUCUGAGGGGUCCGCAGCUGCCUCGCCGCUGCGCAGCCUGGUAAUCACCGGCUUUGGCGGCUACGACAAGGUGAAGCUGCAGAGCCGGCCGGCCGCGCCCCCGGCCCCCGGCCCCGGUCAGCUGACGCUGCGGGUCCGGGCCUGCGGGCUGAACUUCGCAGACCUCAUGGCCCGACAGGGAGUGUACGACCGGCUGCCGCCGCUGCCCUUCACCCCGGGCAUGGAGGGUGCGGGCGUCGUGAUCGCCGUGGGCGAGGGAGUUAGCGACCGUAAGGUAGGGGACCGGGUGAUGGUGUUGAUCCGGUUAGGGAUGUGGCAGGAGGAGGUGACUGUGCCAUCAGCAAACACCUUCCUGAUGCCUGACGCCAUGACUUUUGAGGAAGCUGCUGCCUUGUUGGUCAAUUACAUCACAGCCUACAUGAUCCUCUUUGAUUUAGGAAACCUAAGGCCUGGCCACAGCGUCUUGGUCCACAUGGCUGCAGGUGGUGUGGGUAUGGCAGCUGGGCAGCUAUGCCGUACUGUGGAGAAUGUGACAGUGUUUGGGACAGCUUCCGCUGGCAAGCAUGAGAUGCUGAAGGAGAAUGGGGUCAUGUACCCCAUUGAUUACCACACAGCUGACUACGUGGAUGAGGUCAAAAAGAUCUCCCCCAAAGGAGUGGAUAUCGUCAUGGAUCCCCUGGGUGGGUCAGAUACUGCCAAGGGCUACAACCUUCUCAAACCCCUGGGCAAAGUUGUCACCUAUGGAAUGUCCAACCUGGUGACAGGCCCCAAGCGGAAUCUGAUGGCCCUGGCCCGCACGUGGUGGAAUCAGUUCAGCGUGACAGCUAUGCAACUGCUGCAGACCAACCGAGCUGUGUGUGGCUUCAACCUAGGCAACCUGGAGGGUGAAGUGGAGCUGGUCAGAAAUGUGGUAGUCCGCCUCCUGGCUCUGUACAACCAGGGUCAAAUCAAACCCCGCAUUGACUCCGUCUGGCCCUUCGAGAAGGUAGUUGAUGCCAUGAAACAGAUGCAGGAGAAGAAGAACGUGGGCAAGGUCCUCCUGGUUCCUGGGCCAGAGAAGGAGAACUAGGGCGAGGGUCUGAAGUCCCAGGAAGGGAGAAGUCAGGAAGCCCCGUUCUGUUGACCACCAACCUCUUACAGUUCAUCCUCUGUCAUAAUGCGCUGCCCUUCCUCCCCCAAAGGUCUCUAUGAUGAUGACCACUUCCCUGCCCUCAAUCUUUCUCUCUGGUCAGGGCUGUGCCCUCCCCUUUCUUGCCCUCAGAAGAGGUUGGGAAGUGACCACUUGGAUGUCCAGGCUCUGUCGAGAGGACAGGGAGGGUCAAAGGGAGGCAGGCCACUUCCUGCCCCCACCCUUUCCCUGGGCCUGCUGUGCUGCUUUUGUGCCAAGGUUAACCAGUCCAUCCCCUGUUCUGUUGUGCGUACUUCCUCCUCUGCCUCAUUUCCCUCCUGCCCCUGCCCCACCAUCUCCCCAAAGAAUUGGAAUGUCAGCUCAGGAUCUGUGUGAAUCCAGCGUGUACCUGUCUCUUCCUAGUGUCCCUUCAGCCUGGGCCGACCAGCGCCCAAAUCUGGGCUCAAUCAGUUCCCACCUUGUCUUCUGUCCCCAACUUCUUAAGCACAAUUGGAUUUCUUCCACAUCUAGGUUUUCUGCCAUUCUUAACCAAGGCUGCCUCCUACAACAAAGGCAGGAAUCAGAGUGACUCCCUUAGUCGUGACUCUGGAAUACUGAGCACCCCUACCCUUUACUGAGGUCUCUGGAUUUGUUCUCAGUGCCUUAGCAUCGGAAAACCUGUGCUAGUGUGUGUAUGUAGGGGGUUUCCUGACUCCAGCCUCCUUGUCCACCCUGUCCUCCCCUGUGCCUUCCUUGUCCUGGUGGAACUGGGGUUUUACUCCUCCCCAGUCCUACAACACUGCCAAAAAUCUGUGUAUGUGCCAGCAGGUAGGGAGCCAACCCCUAUCCUCUUGGGGUCAAGGCAGAAGCAGUGACCUUCACUGUGGUCUGUGCCAUGUCCUGCCUCUUGUCAGUGGUGGAGGAGAAAAGGCAGGAAGCUUUACCAGCCAGAGCUCUGAGAAACAUUGCUGUGUCUUGGUCUGGGACCAAAGUGAAAAUCGAAGCAUAUUCCCUUUGCAGUCAAGGGGGCCCCUUUGCCUUCUCAGAGCAUAGAGGCAGCUUUUCAGCUCAGCCCCAAACUUUGUUUACUUGGGUGGGGAGGUAGGGAGGUUAGGACUUGGGCUGCUGGAGCCAAAGUGGGGACUUGUGGGCUGGGGAGUAUUUCCCCUUGCUUCAGAGCCAGGAUUAGGGAGGGUUAUUGCCCCA